AUGUUUUUGUAGAAUAUUGAGAACCCUGUUAAAGUUCGAAAUCAGCUCAAGAGAAUGUUUAAGCAGAGUGCUUAAUAUUGCUAUACUUGGGAUUUCGAAACUAGACAAGUCUGCGGUUUGGAUAAAAGUGAAUAUGUAGCAUCCCUUUAUGAAGUACAAAUCAAUGGAUUAGUCAAGCGUUGUGAGUGCUGGGUGAAGCAAAGAUUCAUCAUCUAGAGAUAAGCGUAGCAGACUGAUAGAAGAAACAGUUCGUUUGAAAGUAGAAGUGAAAAAUCUAGUAAAAGUCCAAAUAAAUCGGCUUUAUCCUAAUAGAAUUUUAAUACAAACAUUGGAAACAAUAAUUCUAACAGUGUCUUAACAAAUAAUCAUAGCUCAAAUCAAAAUGGACACGCUUAAAUAAGCUCUCCCCUAGUUCCAUAGCAUGACAAGUAUGUAAUCAGGUUUGAAAGUUAUGGCCACUCAAAAAGAGACAGAAUGACCUAAAGCAUCAAUCCUCUCUCUUAUGCUUUCGAUAAAAUACUUGUUGAUUAUGUUUACUUGUUUAUAGAAACAGAAGAAGUUAGCAAAUAAAAAUUGAUCAAAGAAAUCAAUAGAGCAAUAUAAAAUGCACGCUACUAUGAUGCAACUCGUAAAUUAACUUAAUUAGAAGAAGUCUUUAACGAAAAAAAUACACCUUUAUCUUAAGGAUUUUUAAACACAAUUAACUAAAAGAAAAAAGAGUAGGAAUAUCUCAACUAAAUCCUUGUUUAAAAUCUUUAAGUUUCUACUCCAAAAGCUCUCUCGCAAAGCCCUUCGUGCUCAAAUGGUAGAGUGCUCCGCUCUCAAGAUACAUAAAAGAAGCUUAAUCAACAGCAAUCAUCUAAUUAAUCUAAUUAAUAAGGUUAGUCUAAGUAAAAAGAAGCUUAACAAAAUGAUCAUAAAAGCAAUGGAAAAUAAUAAAAAGAAAAAGGAAGCGCUUAAAAUUAAAAUAGCAUUUCGGCCUAAGGAUUAAAUGAUUAAAAUAUUUUGUUAUCUUCACCUUAAAUAAACAAUUCUCAUUUACUAUAACCAUCAUAAGCAUAUCAACCUCCUGCUAAUUCUAUUGCAAGCCAAACUCGUAACCGUUCUCCAAUGAUAAACUCUUCUACUCCAUCAGCUGCAUAAAGUCCAAAUAAAUCAUUCUCGCUGAAUGGAGCUAGUAAUUCAUCAAAUAAUAAUAGCCCAUAAAAAUCUCAUGUUACUCAUGGAAGCCCAAAAAAGGUUUCUGCAUUUAAUUCUAGCCCAAGCAAAUCUGCAACUUCUGCAAAUUGCUCUGAUAACAAUUAAAGCCCAAAAUAAACUAUAUUAAGUGUGAUUACAACUCGCUCAAGUAUUUCAAGUCCUAAAAAAUUAGGUAAUUAAAGUCCUUAAAAAAUAAUUCAAUCCAGCCCAAGAUUAACUCCAAGUCCUAGUCCUAAGAGUACGAAUGUACCUAAAUAGCAAGGUUAGAAUUUAUAGUAGCAGCCUCAACAUAAUUUUAAAACUCCUUCUAAUGAAAUUUCUACUAGAUCUUAAACGACUUAACUUAUCAGUUCUACCUAAGAUAAUAAUAAGUAGAAGAAAAAGGCAAUUAAUGAAAAUGAAAAAUUAGUUCCACAAUCUCCGACUCCAUCUAACUAAUCAAUGUAAACAAGGUACUAAGAGCAAUUACUUAAUUUGAAUGGGUAAUAAAAUAUAUAAAAUUAAUAGAGCCAGCAAAGUCCAUUGAUCUAAAAGUCAUCUGCUAAAUCAUCUGAUAUUUAAAGUAUCGAAAAAGCUAAUAAUAAUAAUAAUAACAGCAAGACUGAAAUGGAGAUAGAAGAUAGUAAUAUGAAGCAGUAAUCUAAGGAGAAGUAGUCUCCCAAAAGAAAGGCCUUGAAAUGA